GUCCAGUGGCAGACGGAGCCAAGCCCCAACCAGGAAGGGCCUCCAAGCAUUGGGACACCUACAGGACCAUCUCCAAGACCCAGCCUGGGAUGAAAGAUGGCUCUGACCGGGUGCAGCUGGCUCCUCCUCAGUGCCACUUUCCUGAAUGCUGGGGCUGAGAUCUCCAUCACCCCGGAGCCUGCCCAGCCAGCCGAGGGGGACAACGUCACGCUGGUCGUCCAUGGGCUUUCGGGGGAACUGCUUGCCUACAACUGGUAUGCGGGGCCCACCCUCAGCCUGACGUACCUGAUGGCCAGCUACAUCGUGAGCACGGGCGACGAGACCCCGGGCCCCACCCACACAGGACGGGAGGCCGUGCGUCCUGACGGCAGCCUGGACAUCCAGGGCGUCCUGCCUGGGCACUCAGGCACCUACAUCUUGCAGACCCUCAAUAGGCAGUUUCAGACUGAGGUGGGCUACGGAUACCUGCAGGUCUAUGAGAUCCUGGCCCAGCCCGUGGUCAUGGCCAACAACACAGAGCUGGUGGAGCGUCGAGACACCUUGCGCCUGAUGUGCAGCAGCCCCAGCCCUGCCGAGGUCCGCUGGUUCUUCAACGGCGAGGCCCUGCCCAUCGCCAUCCGCCUCGGCCUGUCCCCCGAUGGCCGGGUGCUGACUCGGCAUGGCGUCCGCAGGGAGGAGGCUGGAUCCUAUCAGUGUGAGGUGUGGAACCCAAUCAGUGUCAGCCGCAGCAAGCCCACCAACCUGACAGUGUACUUUGGCCCAGAGCGCGUGGCCAUCCUCCAGGAUUCCAUCACCCGCACAGGCUGCACCAUCAAAGUGGAUUUCAACACAUCCCUCACCCUGUGGUGUGUGUCCCGGUCCUGCCCGGAGCCCGAGUACGUGUGGGCCUUCAACGGGAGGGCCCUAAACAAUGGCCAAGACCAUCUCAACAUCACUAGCAUGACAGCAGCCCAGGAGGGCACAUACACAUGCAUUGCCAAGAACACCAAGACCCUGUUGUCCGGAUCUGCCUCAGUGGUGGUCAAGCUCUCUGCGGCAGCAGUCGCCACGAUGAUUGUGCCUGUGCCAACCAAGCCGAUGGAAGGCCAGGACGUGACACUGACCGUACAGGGCUACCCCAAGGAUCUGCUGGUCUAUGCCUGGUACCGUGGGCCUGCCUCCGAACCCAGCCGGCUGCUCAGCCAACUGCCGUCCGGGAACUGGAUCGCAGGCCCCGCGCACACAGGCCGGGAGGUGGGCUUCGCCAACUGCUCGCUGCUGGUGCAGAAGCUGAACCUCACAGACGCUGGCCGCUACACGCUCAAGACAGUCACUCUGCAGGGCAAGACUGAGACCCUGGAAGUGGAGCUGCAGGUGGCACGCUUGGAGUAGCAUCGUGGCUGUGGAGACCUCCUGAGAGAAGAGCUCUUGCACCGUGCUCCCAUCUGCUCCCUCUAGGUGGAGGACCACUUGCCUCCAGAGAGCGCGGUGCCUGGGGUCCUGCUGUUCUCCUGCUUCCACUCUAGAGUUAGAGCCGAUGGGGCCUUAUUUCUCUGAGCUGUCGGAGAGCCACAGAGGCCAUAAACAUCCUGGUCAA